GUUUAGUCCGACACGUGCGCCAGCACCGUGGGAUGGUAUACGCAUUUCGGACAAGUACAGUCCCGUUUGUCCGCAACGUCUGCCCAACAUACAAAAUGAGACGGCGGCGCUGGAGAAAAUGCCAAAAGGGCGGCUGGAGUAUCUAAAAAGGUUGCUGCCAUUCUUGGAAAAUCAAUCAGAAGACUGCCUCUACUUGAAUAUAUUCUCGCCAAUUAAUGCAGGCGCCAGCGAAAAGAAAUUGCCCGUAAUUGUGUUCAUACACGGCGAAUCGUUCGAGUGGAGCAGCGGAAAUCCCUACGACGGCAGCGUGCUGGCGAGCUACGGCGAAGUGGUCGUUGUAACGCUUAAUUACCGCUUAGGAAUUCUGGGCUUCCUCAAUGCCAACCCCAACCCGCAGGCACAUGCGCGCGUGGCCAAUUACGGUCUCAUGGACCAAAUGGCCGCUCUGCAUUGGAUUCAGCAGAAUAUACAGAAAUUCGGCGGCGACCCGAAUGCAGUUACGCUGGCGGGGCAUGGCACUGGCGCCGCUUGCAUCAAUUUUCUCAUGACAUCGCCGACAAUGGUGCGCGGCCUCUUCCAUCGCGCCAUACUCAUGUCCGGCUCGGCGUACUCAUCCUGGGCACUGGUCGAGGAUCCAGUCUUGUUCGCCGUCAAAUUGGCGAAGGAGUUGAAUUGUUCGAUACCGGAGGAUUUGAAUAAGCAUCACGAGCAGAUAGUCGAUUGUCUGCGCGAAGUGCCGCUGGAGGAUUUGUAUGCAGCUGAUAUACAGGCGCCGAACUUUUUAACAUCCUUCGGACCAUCGGUUGAUGGUGUCGUUAUACGACCCGGUCAUUCCAAUAUCGAUAUCGAUGAUUUAAUGAUGCGCAGCGCCAAACGCGCCUCAGCAGAUGGCGGUAUCAAUGCCUUCUUUACCGGUGGCGCUUAUGCGGGCAGCGCGGGUGGUGGCGGCGGCGGUGGCAAUGGCUUCGGCAGCGCUGGUUCUGCUGGUAGCAAUGGCGGUGGUGGUGGGGGCGGCAGCGCUGGUGGAUCCUCAGGUGGCGCUUACUAUAGCGCGCUGACUGCGAACUAUCCGAGCAUGAGCAGCGGCGCCAACCUCGGCUUGGGCGGCAAUGGCGCUCACUACGAUGUGCUAUUCGGCGUGGUGACCGGCGAGUCGAUUUGGCGUUUCAGCGCACAUGAUAUACAGAAUGGCUUCGAGGGCGAGCGGCGCGAUAAGAUUAUUCGUACCUAUGUCCGGAAUGCCUACAAUUAUCAUCUCAAUGAGAUUUUCUAUACGAUUGUCAACGAGUACACCGACUGGGAUCGCACUUCGCAACAUCCGAUCAAUACACGUGACACUGCCGUCGCAGCACUAUCGGACGCCCAAUUCGUGGCGCCAAUUAUACGCACUGGCGAUCAGUUGGCAGCCAAUUCACCGCCACCCAUAUCGACUAGCAGUGGCGCGGGUGGUGGCACAGCCUCGGCCUCGACUGCGUCAGGUGCGCAAUCGGGUCGCUGCUAUUUCUAUGUCUUCGACUAUCAGACCAAAGAUGGCGAUUAUCCACAGCGUAUGGGCACAGUGCAUGGCGAGGAUUUGCCCUACAUAUUCGGUGCGCCCUUGGUAGAUGGUUUCAGUCAUUUUCCACAGAACUACACAAAAUCGGAAAUUGCACUCUCCGAAGCGGUGAUCAUAUUUUGGACGAAUUUUGCAAGAACGGGUAAUCCCAAUGAGCAUCAUCGACAGGAUUCAGUGUUGCCCGCCUCCAAAGAGCGUAAUCGCUUUCGCAGCACCACCUGGGAAAACUACGAUCCACUGCAUCAAAAAUACCUCGAAAUCGGCAUGAAGCCCCGGAUCAAGAAUCAUUUUCGCGCGCAUCAGCUUUCGAUUUGGCUGCGGCUCAUACCAGAGUUGCAUCGUACCGGCAUGGAAGAUGUCAUUACGCGUCACAAUUUAUUUAAAAAUCAUGAUGACAUGGAUUUGUAUGAAGGACCUGUGAAACCGGAUCCGUUUGCCUCGACACGUCUGCUACUCAUCGAUGAUGCGCUGUUGCGCAAGGCUGGACGAGGCGGCAACUUGACGGCCGGCUAUAUAAGCGGCGUCUUGGGCGUGACCACCGUCGAGCCGAACAUGUUCACCACAUGCAUCCCAGUGGGUGGCAAUUAUACUCCUGGUGCUGGUGCAGCCACAAGCGGCGCAUUCGCUCCCAACACACUGGCCAACACGUCCAGCGACUCACUGUCCUCCGGAUUCGAGGCAGCCGGCUAUGCAGCCUACUCCACAGCGCUUAGCGUGACCAUCGCCAUCGGCUGCAGUCUGCUCAUCC